AUAUGCUCCGGCGCCUCAAGGCGCCACUUCUAGGCGCCGGGGUAUAUAAAGCCAGGGCUUACACUGGAAAAGUAUCAGUUGAUCAUUCACAAAGACAACAACAUGAAGGCUUUUAUCUGCGCCGCUCUGCUGACCCUAGCAGCUGGUGAUCAAUCUCACCAUCAGUCCAUCAAGCUUGGAAAUGCUCCUUCUGUCUCUUCCUCUGUAUUUAAACCUCACUUUGCUGGUGUAGCAUCUGUAGUUAGCCAGCCUCAUGCUGCUCCUCAAGCUGUUGAUGCUUAUCAUAAUACUGAGAAGUAUGCUGCAGGAGUACAUGCACCUGCUGCUGUUCCCCAUGGUGCUGGAUAUGCCCCUGCUCCAUACCAUGCUGCCCCUAUCCACCAUGCUGCUCCUUAUCAUGCUGCCCCCGUCCACCAUGCUGCUCCCUACCAUGCUGCCCCUGUUGUCCACCAUGCCGCUCCUUACCAUGCAGCUCCCGUCCACCAUGCCGCCCCUGUCCACCACGCUGCUCCCUACCAUGCUGCCCCUGUUGUCCAUGCUGCCCCUGCCCCUUAUCAUGCCCCUGCUCCUUAUCACGCCCCUGCUCCCUAUCACGAGGAGAAGGAGACCCCUGAGCCCUACUCCUACACCUAUGGAGUUUCUGAUGACUACUCUAAGGCUGCUUUCCAGGCUGCUGAAUCUGCUGAUGGCAGUGGUGCUGUUGUCGGAUCUUACUCUGUUGCUCUUCCUGAUGGCAGAACCCAGCACGUUAAGUACACUGCUGACCACUACAAUGGAUAUGUUGCUGAUGUAUCUUACGAGGGAGUUCCCGUCUACCCUGAGGUUAAGGCCUAUGCACCUGCUCCUUAUGCCCCUGCACCAUACCAUGCUUAAGUAUAUGAUGUAAUGCAGGAUAUUUAUCUAAUAUUUAUUUGAAAUAUAUCUCGCAGAUAUUCUA